AUGAGAUGGGAGUCGGCGCGGAAGAAGAGGGUGGUGCUCCGCGUCGGCUACGUCGGCACCGAGUACCGAGCCAUCGAGUCAGUCUUGGAAUCUGCCAUCUUCAAGGCGGGGGGCAUUCUUGAGAGUAAUUAUGGAAAACUGCAAAAAGUUGGGUGGGAGAGGAGUAGCCGAACUGAUAAAGGGGUACACUCGCUGGCUACAAUGAUCUCCCUUAAAAUGGAAAUCCCUGAUAGAGCGUGGGAGAAUGAUCCUGAUGGCAUAUCUCUUGCCAGUUUUAUUAACUCAAAUUUGCCAAACAAUGUCAGGGUUUUUAGUAUCUUGCCUGCACAAAGGAGUUUUGAUGUAAGGAGGGAGUGCUUAUACCGUGAGUACUUCUAUCUUCUUCCUGCUGAAACUAUUGGAAUUAAAGAUGGUUGUAGCUCUGAAGAAGUGCAAGAGCACUUGUCAGAGUUCAACAGCAUACUGAAAGGUUUCGAGGGAAACCAUCCAUUUCAUAAUUACACAGCACGUGCCAAGUACAGAAAAGUUCUUGCGGGAAGACAGCGAAGGGUGAAAGGUGCAAGUUCGACACUGAAGUCCAUGUCCUCUGAAAUGGGUAUGGAAGAAAGCUCUUCUGAAGAGAACACCCCUUCAGAGCAUGAUGAAGACCUGAAUAUUUCAUCAAUGAUUGAUUCUGGUGUAUGUGAAGACAGUUGUAUGAAUGAUAUUGCCAAAGGUUCUGAGAAUCGGAGUUCAUCAGGAAUUCAAUUUGUGGAAUUGACCAUAUACGGAGUAUCCUUCAUGCUACAUCAGAUCCGGAAGAUGGUUGGAACUGCGGUGGCAGUGAAGCGUGGAUUACUACCCAAAGAUAUCAUUGAACUGUCUCUAGCAAAGUUUUCUAGAAUAGUUCUACCAAUAGCUCCAUCAGAAGUCCUGAUCCUUAGAGAUAAUAGUUUCUGCACGAAAAAUAAGGAAGGGAGAAUUGUUCGCCCUGGGAUCCAGUCAAUUAGCAAUUCGGCGGAAAUCAGGAAGGGGGUUGAGGAAUUCUACAAGGCUGCUCUUCUGCCUGAGAUAGCGAAAUUCUUGGACCCAACUAUGCCGCCAUGGAAAGAAUGGGUAGAGAACUUGGACCGGUUUGCCAGCAUACAAGAUUCACAGCUGGAUGAAGUUAGGGAGGCCUAUAGAAUAUGGAAGGCUGAUUAUGACCGAGUGAAGAUGGCUAGAAAGAGUGCUGAAGCUGCUCAUAAGGUGGACAAAUAA